AAAUCUGUCUGAUUAGCCCUCUCCAACAGACGGGGAUUAAGCUUUUGGUCUGUAAUUAUUAUGAAGCAUACGUCAGCAGAUAUCCACCCAUUUCAGAGAGACAGUGGAGCGGAGGGAUGUCCUGCUAGGUGACUGAGCUCCCUGUGAGGCCCCGGUCAGACGUGGAGAGAGACCCACGGAUAGGAGCAGGAACAGGAAUAUCCUCCUGAGUCAGUGCCACGACGCUGACACACCACACUCCCCCAGCAGGGCUGCCUCUGCUCCCUUAAUAAGCAUCCUAUGCUAUUCUGCUCAAGAUGGCGGUGCAGGCAGCGGAAAAGGACGGAAUAAACGUGGAGGAUGACCAUCUGAACGACUCGCUGGAGAACCCCGGCCUCAUCUCACCUGACAAGGAGGAUAUAUCUCGUCUGCUGACGGUGCCAUUCAGCGGACGCAUCCGAGGCGGCAUGCGGCCAGGGAAGAAGAUUAUAGUGAUGGGCAUUGUCGAACUGGAGCCAGACAGCUUUGACGUGAGCCUGACCUGCGGCCGGGACUCAGAGGAAGAGACUCCACAUGACGUGGCUCUGAAACUCACCGCCCGCUUCACUGACCGGCAGUUCCUACGCAACGCCCGCAUCUCUGGGAAGUGGACAGAGGAGGAGGCGUCCACCGCCUACUUUCCCUUCAUCCCUGAUCAGCCUUUUAGGAUUGAGAUCCACUGUGAGCACCAGAGGUUCCGGAUAUUCGUGGACGGACACCAGCUCUUUGACUUUUAUCACAAAGUAAAAUCUUUGACCUCUAUCGACACAGUACGGAUACAAGGAGACCUACAGAUCACCAAGCUUGGUUAACGCCCCACCCCUCCUGCUCUGCAAGUUGUGUGUGAAGCAAGGACUUGACCACAGAUGACCAUCUUAACACACACACACACACACACACACACACACACACACACACACACACAUGUGCGCCUGUCACGUCAUCACCCAUAACCCAUCAUGCAACUCUGCUGCAGCAUGACAACUGGAAAAAGUUAGAGUUCUUCUGCUACAUUCUCAUUCACUUCUUUCCAUUCCUUUGUAUCGAACCAGGGUUUGAUGUGAUGAUGCUUCGAGGGUGAAUGUGUUUGCGCCGUUUUCAGGUUUUUCUCUUUGUAGCCCCAGUUUUGUCAGAUCAGGGAUCUCACAGCUUAUUAAUAGCACAUUCAUUUUUUAUGUCGAAUCCUUUAGGGAUGCUGAGGUAGAGGCAGGUGUGGAGUGCUUUCAAGGAUGGAAUAUUAACUUGGAUGUUAUGGAAACCAGUUACUCAGGAACAAAAAUCUGGCUCUGAGCUGCUAAUGUGAAAGCAAAGUGUUGAAAUUAGAUUUUCAAUUCUGCAACUUGAGGGCAUAUAAAAAUCUUCCAGAAUGCUUUGGAUUAACUGGAAUAUGCAUGUUGAUCAAGCUGGAAAUAGACGCUGAUCAUAGUAGUAUUUUCACCCACCAACAGUGGCUGUAAAAUCCUGCAGUAUUGGACCUGAGCAGUGUUAAGAUAUUCAAUUUGAGCCUUGACUAAUUCCCACAAGGGCUGGAACGUGGUUUUCAUAUCAGAUGAAACUGGUUUAAAGCCAAAUGUUGCAGGUUGUUUGACGCUUUCAGACUUGAUUUCACUCCAGCUGUAUUUAUUGUCGCAGUUAUCCUCCAAAACCCAAUUUUCUGCUCACAGCAGAGCGCAGUAUUACACCCAGUUUUCUCUGUGCUGAUGUAUCUCCAGCUCCGUAUAGGCACUCCCCUGCCCUCCCUUGGGUUUAACCUAGUUGUCACGGUAACAAGCUGCACACUCAUCGACCUAAAUCCCCCAAAAUGAGGAUUAUAUCAUGAAGAGAUGUAGCAGGAAGCGCCCCGUACUGUACACUGUGCGUGUUGGUUGUGUUAGCGAUCACUGCGGCCAUUCUGUAAAUAGAAAGUCCCAUGUGCUGAACAGGAAGUAGAAUUGUGAUGUUUGCUUUGUGGGCAAAGAGAGAGGAGAAAUGGUUUUUAAAUGAGUUUGAAAAUUGGAAUCUGCUCUCUGCAAACCAUGCAAACCUCAUCUGAAUUGUACAAUAACCGAUAUGCAACUAAUUCUAAUUUAAAAAACACUCUUCAGUAUAGUAAGAAAAACGGUCAAAGUGAAACCUUCAGCCAUGUUCAACAGUCGGCCGGUUGUUAAGAAGCAGGAUCGGAUCCUGGUGGUAUUCUGAAUGUAUAGUAUUCAUGUUUCUAUAGUAGCAUAGAAGAUAUAGUGAUGCACAAAAUUAUUACUUACUGUCACAGGUUUUUUGUGGUACGGCUGGUGCUGUUAUAGUCCAUUUUCAGUCCUACAGUAUGUCUCAUGUGUUUUAAAGUGUUUCCUGAGUCAUUCCACUUCAGCAUUUUGUCCACACUGAGACUUAAAGACGUUAUAAAGCAGGUACAUCCUUGUUUGAUGCAGCUAGCAGGUUUUUACAAGCCUAACAUACACAGCAAUGUCUCUUUAAGCAUUCCACUCUGAACAGGAUGUCACUGAGGCAGAAAGUAAGUUAUAAUCACUACACAGUAAAAGCAGAUGCUACCUGCAAGCAAGACCCACAGUAUUAAUCGAACUAUGUCUGAAAGGGUAACUUCAUUAUUUUUCAACUUGGCCUUUAUUUACACUUGUUUUUGUGUCUAAAAUACUAAAGAGAACAGUUUUUGAAAUUGAUCCUAUACUGAGCAAGAGAGCUGCAGCCAGCAGCCGUGAAAAAGGCUGCAGUGUACCAUUUAGUGCACGUGCAAUUUACGUCCGCUAAAAGUGCUUGUAUUUGCCACUAACAUGCUCAGACCGUUGUUCUAGGUGUCUGACAGUCAGUGGAAAGAAUCCUACAGAGAUAGACCUUUUUGUUAAGGAGUAAAAUCCUUUUUGUUUAACCAGGAACAGCCACAAAAUUGCCACUGCUACUUCCACCAGACUGCAUGUAAAUAAACCGCAGUUUUAGCAUGUGUAGAGACAGCAUAUUUUGACUUGUAACUGGGUGGAUUAAGAAUUUAUUUCAACCAAAACAGAGUCAGUGAUUGUUUGAACAGUGGAAAGAUGAGCCAAGAGUCUGGUGGAAUUGGCAAUGGUGAUUUUUAGGGCUGUUUCUGGUUAACCAAAAAGGAUCUUACUUUAUAACAAAAAGGUCUAUAUCUGUGGGGCUUCUGUCCAUAAUGUGCCAGACUCUUCCGAUAAUAAUCUGAACGCCAGUGGCAAAAACAAGCACUUUUAGUGGACUUAAAUUGAUAGUGUGAGCAUGUUUCGCUGCUGCCAUCUACAGUGCUCUCGCUCAAUACUGGAUCACUUUCAAAAACUGUUGAUCCCAUUUGUCACGUAGACACAAAAUCGGGGAGAAAUGGGGUCCAGGUUGAAAAAUAGCAAACUUUUUUUAAAGGUGCUCCGCUUACACACACAGUAGAACUAGGUAUGAAUUUCACUACAAAGCUUUCCAGGCACCAUUUUCUAAUACAGGGUUUAUAAGAUGUAAAUUAUGGCUUUAUUAAUUAAUGGUAAAUUAUAAACUAAUGCUUUACAAGCCAACAAUAAGAACAGCUUUUUGGCUCCCAGGUUGUGAAAAAUCCAAUUUCUGUUUCUUUUGCAUUUGGUUUAUGCAGUUAUUAAUGUGGAUAACCUAUCUAGUAAACCAUUAGUUCUGCAGUUACAAGUAUUGAUGAAUAAUUGGCAUGGAUUCCUGACUUUCUUACUUUAUAAUAAUGGUCUUAAUGGUAAUGUGCAUCAAAAAGCUAAAAGGAGAAAGCGAGCAUCAUUCUGCAGGAGGAUCAGCCAAGGGGAUUUUUUCUAUUAAUGACUUUUGACCCAUAAAACAUUAGGAAAUUGUUUAUUUGACCAUGACUAAAGUCAUUAUUUACAACUUAUAAACCCUUUGUAAAUCCCUAAAGGGUGACUCACAAAUAGAAAUUUAUAAAUGGCUUGGACCAAGCGUGAGAAGAUUUGAUCGUCUUUGGAGACAGAUGUUCAACUUCAUAUCAAACGGAAACUGUACUGCAUGCUCUUAAUGCUGUGUCACCGUUCCCAUCCACUUUUUGAGCAGCACAACACAGCAAAGCAAACACUAGUAAGGAGUUUGCUACACAGAAGUACCGUUAAAACACUUAACAUUGGAUCAACACAAGCUCAUUUUUCCAUCAUCUUUUGCUGCUGUGAAUUCAGAGUAAGCUGAGACAUCUGUGCAGAACAGUUGCACAGACUUUGCUGCAGGGCGCUCAGUAAUUGAUGCAUACCUUUGCUCACACUAAUGAAGCUUCCUUUCUAAGAUUUCUGAGCAAACUUUUAAGGAAACCUCUUUGUAGAACAUCUCGUUACCGUCUGUGCACAGUGGGCUGCAGCUGUGUGCAGCACUCAUCAGAGCACAGAGAGGCUUUCUAUACAUGCACUGAGUAUUUAUUGGCUCCUUUCACAUAGCAAUAAGGUUGCUGCUCGAAGACUGACUGCGCCGGAGUAGGACUUGUUUUCUCCUGGUUGGUCAGACAGGGUCUUCCUCAGCUCCUCGUUUUUGCUUGGCGAGCGCUGGUUUAUUUUCAGACACAAACAGGAAAUGACUACAGUUUGUUAUGAGAGGGCAGCGAAAAGUGCAGUUUGAAAGAAUGUGAGCCAGUGUGAUGCAUUGUUAACUUCAGUAUUACAACAGAACAAAUGUGUACAAAUAACGUGUGAUUUUGUUGAUCGGGUGUUUUUUGUUUUUGUUUUUUGGAUACUGUUUUUGUGUUAUUUCUAUUAACUGGUGACCAUCUAUUUGUAACGCUACAGUCUCCUGUAAUAACAUAAGAAGAAAAUGACCAGCAGUAUGUUUCAUGGGCGUUGUAACAAGAUGUGUGUUAAAGUUUUCAGCUCCUCAGCUAGGAAUUAUGGGGGAGGGAGAUGAACAAUUCGAGACUCCCUGAAUUAAAGGGCUCUAACCAGGGAGUGCUUUUUGUGUAUGUAUGUGUGAGCGUGUGUGCGCAGGAGGCUAAGUGGGGAGUGUGUUUUCUCAACGUAGCACAGUUAACAGACUGUUUUCCAGCUGUGUGUUUUCUGCACAGUUGGGUGUGGUGCAGGUAUAAGCUGGCAUGGUACUUGAGCAGACUUAUGUGGUACUGUUGCACUUUAAAAAAGGUGUUGGUGUCCAUUUAAAGGAACAGUGUGUGAGGUUUAGGGGGAUUUAGUGGCAUCUAGUGGUGAGGAUUGCAGAUUGCAACCACCUGAAACUUCUCCCAGUUAGAAUUCCUUCAGGAGGUUUUUACAGGGAGCCACAUUCUCCACAGAGGCUUCCUCCUCUCUUUUAAAGAUUUAAGGCGGUAAAAUCACAGAAUAAAGCAGUUUCACAGUACAAAUUAGUGUUUCUCCAGCGCUGUUUUACUUGUCAGAGGCGGGCCACUAGCCCAGCACCUGCUCACCCUUUUUUCCUGACAACUUCAGAUCCCAACAUUCAGGAGGUUUUUACCAUGAGCCAAAUUAUCCGCAGAGGUCUCCUCCACAGUGCGUUGGAUCCAUAAUAAAAAUGUACAUAAGAGCAAAAACCAAAAAUGGCAAGAAUAUAUUUGACGAUUUCUACAAUCAGGCUUUCCCCUCACCAUCUGCAUCACCAAUUUCCCAUUUCCAAAACGUUUGUAAGCAUGGGACAAAGUGUCUCCCGUCAAGUCUGUCUUUAUAGAUCACAGCUUUUGUGUGGGAAGUUGCGUAUGCCUCAUUCAGACCUCGUAUUGUGCAUACGCAAUGUUUCUAAAUGAGACACCAGGUGAUUUAAACUGGUAAAAACAGAAUAAAGCAGUUUCUCUUUUAAAAUCUGUGUUUUCUGAUGCUCUUGAUAUAGAGGGGCUUCUAACUACAGUUGCCAAUGCUAAAACACGAAAGGCCUUAUCUAGAGCCAGUGUUUGGUUUGUCAACUCUGGGCUACUGUAGAAACAUGACGGUGCAACAUUGCGAUCUCUGCAGACAAGGAGCCACUCUCUUUGUAUAUAUAAACGGCUCAUUCUAAGGUAACGAAAACACAAUGAUUCUUAAUUUUAGUUGAUUAUACACCAAAGAAAACUCCAUAAAUCCUACACACUGGACCUUUAAGGGACACAAAAGUGCUUAGUAUUCCAGUAAAAACAAGUUUAAAAAAAAAACAUUUUUGGUACAUGUCCUUAAAAAACUCAACACAUAUUUGUGCUUCUUCCUGAGUUAUAGUGUUCAAUACAACAAGUCCCAGUUUCUGAUCUCCUAAUGAUCCCAUAUAUUUUUAAGAUCCCCGAAAACUGUUAUUUUAAUUGUUCUGUAACCCUUUAAAAAUGCAACUGAAAAACUGAAUGUUAUCCUCUUCCUGAUUGUAAUCUGAUGAUAAAUACCCAGGUGGAAAUGCAGUUUAUUUACAGGCUGAUAUAUGAAAUAGACAACCCUUCCUACCCUCAGUUAAAAAUUGAAGGGUGUCUGAUGUCAAACUUGAUUUGACCCAGGUCUGUACGUUAACCUGCUUUUGGACUUUGGAUGUACAUUUUAAUGAACAAGGCCUCACAGGCUUCUUUUCUACACGAGGGACACCGAGCUGGUUUACAAGUGGAAAGCAUUUGGUUGUGCAUGUAAGCUCGUACCUGGCAUUUUGUAUACAUGAAAGAUUGAGGUAUUGUACUGCCAGUUUUUGUUCCAGUCAAGCAUGCUCUCUUUUUUUCCAUCUGCUUUAUAAGGUGUGUUCCUAGGGCAGAUUUUCCUUCGACCUGUUAUCGCCUGGUAUAUAUGAAGAUUUCAGUUAAUCACCAAAUUACAAUCUUUAAUUGACCCCUGACACUAAAGUAUGUAAAUCGAGCUUUUUCCCCCCUCGGACUUUUAAUAAAUAGAAAAACACAAUGACUUUCUAAAAAGUGCUAAAACCUACAUGACAAUUUGUGAGAGUGGCUCCAUCAUGAUGUCCAUUUAUGAAGUGUCCUGAGUAGAAGUAGGCUGAUCUGUUGCUAAUGUGUUGUGUGGUUGUACGAUCAUGUCAUCAUUUCUAUUUAUUACAGUGUAACCAGCAGGGUUGUGUGUGGUAACGUCAUACCUACUGUAUUGGUACCGUACUAUUUUCUGCUGUUUAUAUGAAGGCAUCUUGAAAAGUUGUUUUUUAUAAUGAUGAAAGUAACUGAGGUCAGAUGUCACAUAUUGUACUUUCCUGUUUGACAAAAGGAGAUGUGUGAAAAGAGUAUUGGAUAAAAGAUUUCUUUUAACUGCAAAAAUCAAGGCUAACCAUCAUUUUGGCUUGUGUGUUUUCCGACUCUGAGGAUCACCAGGGUGUUUGCUGUUGUGACUUUGACCUUCUGGAAGUCUUUUAUGUUACCAGGCAUAGUGUCGGCUGUUUGAUACGCUCUUUUUCAGCUGAGCAACUCUCUGUUUGCCACAAAAAAAGCUGCUCCACAAAAAACAGGAGCACUUCUCUUUCUGUCAUGAUGCAAAUUCCUGAAAUAUCCUGAGAUGACCCUGAUUUUGUGUCUCAUUGAGGAUGUGCACUGGACCAGAGUUUAGAUGAAGACAGUACAUUCUAUCGUUGUGUUAGACCUCUCCAAAUGUUUUUUUUUCUCCUCAUGCUUUUGUAAAAACAGCUACUUUGCAAACCAAUAAACUUCUCAUCU